AUGGCGAAGAAAACUGAUCAGAUUGAAAAAAAAUGCUACGUUUCUGUUGAAUUCUCGGAGCAGUGGUGUAUCUACCGGAUUCCUAGCAAACUCCGGAAUGUAAAAAAUGAAGCAUACACUCCUCAAUUGAUUUCAAUAGGCCCUUUCCACCAUGGCAAGCCGGAACUGGGGGAUAUGGAAAGACUUAAAAUGAGAUAUUAUGAGAAUUUCUGCCAACGAACUUCAAGGAAAAAGGAGGAACUAGAAAACUUCAUCCGUGAGAAAGAAGAAGACAAUCUUCGUUGUUAUGCAGGGGCCAUCAAGCCUGAUAUUGAAUUUGCGAAGGUAAUUCUAAUUGAUGCCUGCUUCAUCCUUGAACUCUUUUUGAGGAACUGUGAACCCGAAAAGCAUGAAAAUUAUUACCUUUUAAGAUCGCCAUUGCUGAGGAAAGCUGUCCAGCAGGACCUGAUACUCUUGGAAAAUCAGCUUCCUUAUCCUCUUCUUCAAGCGCUAUAUCACUUUGCCAACCCCACCUAUUCCAGUUCCAAUCCCCGAAAAAAUGUUCAGGAGAAAGAAGAGGCGGAUGACCUGCACAGCUGCUUGCCUUGCUUCCAGCCUUGUUUUCCAAUUUCCCGCUCGACCCCUUCUAGAUCUGAUGAUCAUCGUAUGGAGAUUGAGAAAACCGAACAUGCUUAUGAUCACCCCUGCUUCCAGCCUUGUUUUCCAAUUUCCCGCUCGACCACUUCUACAUCUGAUGAUCAUCGUAUGGAGACUAAGAAAACCGAACCUGCUUAUGAUCACCCCUUUCUAAAGCUUACUUGUGAGUUCUUUAAGGAAUACACGAAGUUACAACCCAUUAAGAAUGAACAAGUGAAACAUUUCACUGACUUGGUAAGAUAUUUUAUGUGGCCAGAAAAAGAGAUUAUGCGGACAGAAAACAUGAAUUGGGAAGGAAAUGGCGAGUACAUCCGUACCAAAACUAUAUACGACGUAAGAAAGCUGAAGGAAGCAGGGGUGAAGUUUAGGCCAAAUGAAGGUGAACGCUACGUCAUAAAAAGAGUUGAGGACCACAAAUGUAAUUUCAAAAUGGCAUGUUUUAGAAAUAUGAACUUGAAGCUUACAAAAUUUCGGGCCAGGUAUGGGGAAGAUUGCAUUAUUCGAAACGUGAUGGCCUUGGAGCAGCUUAUGUACCCAGAGGAGGCUUAUGUUUGCAGUUACUUUUUGAUGCUGGAUCAGCUUGUGGACACUGUGGAAGAUGUGAAUGCGCUGAUUGAAAGCCAUGUUAUAGUUAACUUGCUAAGCAGCAGCGACGCAGUGGCGAAGCUGAUUAAUUCACUUUGUCAGGAGAUUAUGGUUAGUGGAACCUGCUAUACAAAUAUCUGUAGUAAGCUUAAGGAGCACUACGAAACCAGCUUCUGCAACCGUAACAUUUCGAUCCUGAAACGAGUUUACUUCAAGGAUCUUUGGAAGGGCAGUUCAACUAUAGUUGGACUCUUUGUGCUGGUUUUCUCCAUCAUUGGAUCCAUUAAGUCUCUCAUGAAGUAAAGCUUGAUUAGUUUCU